AUGUUAGCCCGCCGCUCAGCCCAGGCCGAUCAAGUGGCCGAGGCCGAACUCACCACCCAGGUCCAAUCGCAACAGUCCCAGUCGAAAUCCACUACUCCUUCCCCAAAUCAUGCUCAGCAGCAACAAGAAGGCGCCACUGCGACUGACCACCAUCACCGCCGUCAUCAUCACCAGUGGCACAGCCCCCACACUGGGAUCCUGUCCGAGGUGGAUGUUCUGAACCAGAUGCGCUUACGGUCACGAUCUUCCAGCCGGCAAGAAGUGCAGCCGCGGGAAUCCCAGGAUAAUCAGGGCUCAUCGUCGACAGAAGAGGUGAGGGAGAGGCAGGCCGAGAAUGGGAAACGAAUUAAUAACUUGACGGCCGAAUAA